GCCAGGCCGUGUGAGGCGAGCGAGGAAGGCAAGGCAAGACCCCGCGCGGAGGGAAAGGAGAGGCCAGCCGCCCGUGACGUGAGGGAAGCCGCCGCCGCCGCCGCCGCGUGAAGGGAGAAGGAGGAGGCGCCACGUUCGUUCCCAUGAUGGCCGAGACGAAGGACACACAUGAGGAACAUGACUCAACAACUGACAAUGUUGAUGAUUCUAACCAUGACCCUCAAUUUGAGCCCAUAGUUUCUCUUCCUGAGCAAGAAAUCAAAACUCUUGAGGAAGAUGAGGAAGAACUCUUCAAGAUGCGGGCAAAACUGUUCCGAUUUGCCUCAGAAAAUGAUCUUCCAGAAUGGAAAGAACGGGGCACUGGUGAUGUAAAACUUCUAAAGCACAAAGAAAAGGGGACCAUUCGCCUCUUGAUGAGGAGGGAUAAAACCCUAAAAAUCUGUGCAAAUCAUUAUAUUACACCCGUAAUGGAACUGAAGCCUAAUGCUGGCAGUGACAGGGCAUGGGUGUGGAAUACACAUGCUGAUUUUGCUGAUGAGAGUCCUAAACCAGAACUUCUGGCAAUUCGGUUUUUAAAUGCAGAAAAUGCACAAAAAUUCAAGGCGAAAUUUGAAGAAUGUAGGAAUGAGAUUGAUAAGAAGUUAAAGAAAGCAGGAGCUGACAAAAAUGAUAGUGCUGAUAAAGUUGCCGAGAAAUUAGAAGAACUUUCUGUAAAGGAGGAAAGCAAAGAAUCUGAGAAGAAAGAAGUCAAGGAAGAAACUGAAGAAAAGCAAUAAAUCAUCUUGCGCCUUGUAUUUUUCUUUUUUUCUUUUUUUAAUUUUUACAAGGGACUUUAUAAAGAACUGUAUUCCAACAUUCAAUUUUUUUUCUAAGCUUUUGCCCUUUUUGAAGAGACGUUCAGAAAAAAAUUCAUUCCCCAGUCAUGAAAAUGUACUGUGCUAAACUUUGUUUUCCAUAGUGGAAACACUUAUUUAUAGUUAUCCAAGAGAGUGAAUAAAGCUUUGAAAACAGUAUCAAAGGACACAACCAAGUUUUCUAUGUGCUUCAGAUGUGUGACUGCAAUUAAUUAACCUCGGUUAUAUUUUUGAGUGCAUAUCUUUAGAUGAGAUGUAGUAUAACUGAAUUAUACCUAUAGAAAAAGUGUGAGUAAUAAAAGAAGUUUCUCGUAUGUUAUGACUGAAAGCUCAUAUAUAAUGGCUGAUACUCUGCUAAGAUUCCUUUCCUUGUAAUUGGGGUGUGAGUGGACUUGUGUGUUUUUAUGCAACUUUACUUCAGAAAAUGGCAUGUCCCUGAGAAUGUAAUCUCAUGAUUUACAAUGACCAGCUAUAUAUUUCAAGGUAUGUUAUUUCUGACAGUCACUUUAACGAAAGUGAACAUAAUAUUUUGAAUUUGUUGUGACUGACAGUGAAUACUAAUGGGAAUUAUGCUGCUUUUUAGACUAUGUUUGGAAACGUCUUCAUGCAAAACAAGAAUGUACUUUCUGGAAAAAUCUGUGUAGGUUACAGGCAGUCUGUGGUAUAGAUGGGACAUGGGAGUCCAGUUUGACCCUAAAUCUGUUGAUUAAAUGUAUCAGUUUGGCCAUAGAUAUUCAGACUUCUGUAUUAUGUCCUGCUUUAUAUUGCUGUCUUAAAGAUAGCAUUUCCUGUCUUUAAUAAAUGUUUGAGAAGAUACAGCAGGAUUGAUUCUAAGACUUCAGACUCGGGGUGGGGAAUUGAAUAUUUCACCUCUGGUGAGAAUUUGAGCUAAAACCUAUCAAGGGAUAGAAUUUGGGUUGCCAAGUUGAAUUUUCAACCCUUUCAUAUCAUAUGCUUAGGCUAAAAAUGUUUAAGUGCAGGCUCCCUGUUAAAUAUUGUGGGUGCUAGAAACGGUUACCCCAUAGAAUCCCUUCAAAGGGAAUCUGUGUGGAAAGAUCCCCACAUGUGAGUCAUUCUAGAUCUCCCCCCAGAUACACCACAAGAAUGCUCGUGACCAGUUCCCGCACCCGUGCAGGUUUACUGCUCAAACUGCAAAAUAAAUUAUAUGCCAGUUGUCUUGGGUAUACAAGUGUGUGUCUGGAUUGGGGCCCCAUCCCUAUCCAAAUGCAUUCUUUAUAAGUUUGUACUUCCCCCAUCUGUUCACUGUGUUAUUCACCCCAAACAUGUCACAGAUUGCUUAUAGCGAUGGAGUGAGAAAAGUGAAUGAGUCUUUAAAGGUCCAAGCUUUCCAUGUCUACAUAUACUGUAUGUUGGCAUGUGUAUGUAGAUAUAAAACAUUCCCUUUUGUUUGUAUCAGUAUGCACAGCACUUACUCUGAAUGUAAACCUUUCCUUAUUCACCUCAGUGGUAAAACUUCCACUUAAUGUAAUGGAGCACAUUAUCAUUAUUUACAUAGAAGUAUAAACAUUUCCUUAAUUUUCAGUUUUCUAGAAAUUGCCAGGUUUGGAUGUGUGUGAGAGUUCAUUAACGUUUUCCUGUCAGUUGAAGUCAAAGGUGCAUGGUUAGCUGAGUAGUGUUUUUACCGUCAUGUUGGGCACCUACCUUUGAGUCUGUCAGUUGAGACAGCUAGAAAAUAACCUGGUUCUUUCUGUUUGGUCCAGGUAAGGGCCUGUAGAGAGAGAGAGAAAAAAAACACAACAGCCCCUUUAAGAACUCUUAUGAGUACAUUUGAUACCAGUGUAUUUAGAAGUUAAAGAGCAUUGUCUGUUGUUUUUUCCCCAGAUAUUCCCAUUUGCGAGUGUUCCAUAAGUGGAAUCUGAUUUAUGUUUUCAGUGGGGUAGACUAAACACUCCCAAAGUUAACUUCAAUGUAAAGGUAAAACAAAUUGUAAACAUCAAGUAGUGGUAGAUUUUGUUACAGAAGCAGACACAUUUUGGACGUGCCUUUUCCCCUCUUGACAGCUCAUUCAAUAUCAGUCACCUCUCGGUUGCUCAGGCUGAAGUCAUCUAAUACACGUGGUCUCAGGAUAUAGUUCUACACACUUUUUCACAUCCUCUGCCUGAGCCUGUAAAACAACUGUUUUCACACUUUUCAAAUCCCUUGCUUUUUCACUUGUAGCAUGUUGAUCAUAAAGCACUAACUUUUUCAAGAAGUGCCACGUCUUGGAUGUUCAGCUUUUGAGUGUAGCUCUUCACAAAGAACAGGUCAGGGAAGGAAAGGAAAGGAAGAGAUAGUUGUGCAGAAAUGUAUUGUCUUACUAUGCAGAUGGGAGUAUUCUUGGAGUGUGUCUGAUCGUUUGCGUGGAAUUAGAGCUUGCCUGUGUUUCAUUAGGGCCUCUGACCAUGGGCAUUACCUGAACAUGAUCAGUAUUGUGCUUUUUAUGGAGAAGAAAUUUUAAAAAACUAACCUAAAGCCAUACUGAUAGGAUUUAUGUAGUAUUUCUUUUAAUUGCAUUAAUGUUUCAACUACUUUGCGAAAACAAAAAUCUGAAUAUACCACAGUAAAAUGUUAUUAAUUAGCUCUGUGCAAUCUUUUUUUUUAAAUUCUAAUCUGAAUUGCAGUCUAGCUGCUACCAUUUGAAGCAAUGGUUUGCCCUAUUAAAUUGUUACUACUGAUUACACUGUUGCAAGGUUCUGUUUGCAUGUGUUGUCCUUUUAAAGACUAUACUUUCAUGGAUUAAGAGUCAAUGUAACCUGGAAGCGUUUGUCUUCCCAAUAGGAUUUCUGAAAAUGAGUUUGCACUGCUAUCUCCCAUCAACAAAUGUAAAAAUCUGACCAAUGCUGUGAAGAACAAUAACAAAAAGUAUUAAUGGUUGUAAAUGGCUUGAGAAAUCACCCACAUAGUAUUGGGGUAGAAAGAAUAGUAACAAAGAUAUUUUUCAUUUCGACUUGGGACAGUCUCUUAGCUGUAGAAGUAACAAUGGAGGGUGCCUAAGUUUGUAGGUAUUGCUAACUAAUUAUUUGGCAUGAAUCUUGUGUUUAACUUCUCUUUGGGUCUCUUAUUUAGUGCCUCUUGCUCAAUACUGAGAGAAUUGCAAUUGUAUGUUCCAGACAAACACUGAAGAAAAGAGUAUUCGGUCACUUAACGAUUAUGUGAGAGUGUUCUAAAUUGUACAGACUGUAUUCCAAAGUUAGAAUUAGUGCUUUAAAGUAACAAUGGGCAUGAAACUGAAAUAGACGACCAAAAUAUUGAUUGUACAUGGACUUGUUCAGCAGAUGAAAAGCAAGAAUAUUUUGUUUCCAUACAACGGCUGGUACCUAUGCUUCGAAGUACACCAUCCAACUGACAAUAUUGCUAGCAAUAAAACAGGAGCUGCUUUAAAAACA